AUGGCCACUACCGGAGAGCAGCAUCUAUACAAAUACAGUCCACUUCCCGGCGCAAGAUGGACUCGUGUUAUCAAGCUCAAAGCUGGCGAAUUCCGCGACCCCAUCAAAUGCUCACUUCACCCUAUCGACCUCGAUUCAGAGCACGAGCCCUACGUCGCCCUUUCGUAUCGAUGGGGUCAGAAAGCGGACAAGAUCCUCUGCGAUGGUCAGACUGUGACCGUCAACGACAAACUCUACGAGGCCAUGCAGCGACUCCGCGAUAGGAAAACCGAUGUGACCUUCUGGGCCGAUGCUAUUUCCAUCAACCAGGCUCCCACUCCGGACGGACUGGCAGAGAAGUCUCAGCAGGUACAGUUGAUGAGCGUCAUCUUCAGCCGGGCGACCAUGGUCGUCGCCGACCUAGGCUACGCCAGCAUGGAAAUGAUGGCCGGCCUCGACGAGCUCCUUGGGAAGCUGGGUUCUCUUUCCACGGAUCAGAUAGGUCCAGAUUUCGUCCUGGGCCCCAAAUUCCAGAAACUCGGCCUGCCCAAAAUCGGCGACCCUGCGUGGACCAUCCUCGACGAACUCUUGCGGCGAGAAUGGUUCAAUCGCGUGUGGAUGAUCCAGGAAUUCGCACUGGCCCGCAAACUCAAGAUGAGGGUCGGGACGCGCCUGUUCGACUUCUCGCUGAUUGAGAAGGCAAGUCGGAUCUACCGCCGCAUGCAGCCGCCGUGGGAAGUCAUGGCAGCCAUGGGCCCCGAGUGGGCGAAAAACACGAUGGGGCUGGAGUUCAUGAUCCACGUGCGUGACAUCCACAAGAGUCCGAGGCCAUCUCCGCUGGUCGACCUGUUCGGCAUGUCCUCCAACUUCGCGGCCACAGACCCGCGAGAUCGCAUCUACGCGCUCAUGGGACUCGUCAAGGCUCCUGCGGACGCGAACACAGAGCCAUUUGCCGUCGACUACACCCAGUCCAUUCACCAGGUGGCGAUCCGCUUUGCGGCCCAACUUACUCAUGCCUGGCCGCCCUCGUUGAUCUGGAUGUAUGCGGGCGGCCCCCACCUUCAUCAGCCAUCGUGGGCUCCAAAUCUCGAGUCAAAUCAGCAGAGGACCCCGGCCGAGGGUUUGACACCAAUCUGGCAGGGGAAGUCGCAAACUCUCUUCAGUGCCGGCGGCACGGCCAAGUCGACGUACGAAAUCAUCCCCUCAGAUGAGGCUGUGAAACCUAUUCUGAAGACCGUUGGGCGAGUGGUCGACACUAUCAGCGCGGUCACAGACGUUUUCGACUUAGGACAGCAAUCAACAGCGACCUUACAGGCUCGCGGAGAGAGCCUGAUCAAGUUUGAGCAAGACGCUCGCCGACUCUUGGUCGAGCAUGGCCUCCCGGUUCCGUUUCGCUCGAGUGAUCGCACAGUAUACGACCCGUAUUGGCUCAGUCUGGUCAGCGGCACAGACGGGACGCUCUACCACCGAGCAGGUGACGACGUGCGAGAGAGUUUCAUCGCGUUCGCGCACUGCGGAGAUGAAAUCUCCGCCGGGCGCGAAUCCGGCGACAUUGACGACAAGCCCGAGAAGAUCGCCCUCGUGCUGGAGAUGUAUAAGUUCAUGACUGCUCUUGGUUCCACCAUGCUUCAGCGCCGGCUCUGUGUGACCGAGAUCAAAAGAGUGGGGAACGUUGUCGCCACUGCGAAGCCUGGGGACUACGUGGUCGUUAUCUGUGGUGUCGACCGGCCAGUGAUCAUGCGCGAGGUCAUUGUCGAGAACAAUGCUCCGUGCGGUGCGCUGCCUCAUCGCCACCUGCAGUUUGUUGGCAUAGCUUACAUCCACGGAAUCAUGGAAGGGGAGGCGCUGGAUGGUGUGCAGGUCCCAAUGGACGAGAUCCACGUUGUUUAA